AUUUAAAAAAAUCUUGAAGGUAGCUUGACAAAUUGACACUUGACAAUUAACUUUUGAAAGACAGAAUGAAAUUGACAGUAAAUAAUAUUAUUAUGAAAAUAAAUCGUGUGUGGUGUUUGUAAAAUUAUAAUUUCGAACAAAUGUUGUAUGUAAUUAUUUUAAAAGUUGAAAACUGAAAACUCAAUAAACUUUGUUUAACUAACAUGGCAGAUAAAAAGAAGAAAAUAUAUACCGCAAAGGACACUACUACGCCUAGACGGCCUAUGAUAUUGAAAUCAGAUCGCGAAACUGCGAAGGACCCGGCUAAAGAGAAACAGGAAAAGGAAAAACAGCCCACCAUAAUAUUGAAGACCAGAGAGCAGAGUACUCCAAAAGAGGAACGUCCUCUUAGUCCUAAAACUAUUAAAACUUCAACCUCUGAAGGAGAUGGCCCUCAUCCAUGUAAAAUUGCGCAAAAUGAAAACAAAGAGAAGAAAGCAACUGAGCAAAAACCCAGUCCUCCUUUGAAAUACAUGACUGAACCUGUGAAGCUACUGGAUGAGAACCUAGAACUAAAUCACAGUGCUUUAGAGUUCUUACAUGACUCAAGCACUAACUAUUUAGUGGUUGGAAUUAUUGGUACCCAAGGUGUCGGGAAGUCAAUGAUCCUCAACCUGAUUGGUGCCAAUGCUCAUGACCAGAGUGUAUGCACUCAAAUAUUGAACUCUCAUGAAAUGCCCCAAGAAAAGACAUUUGACAGUAAUGAGAUGGGCCCCUUAGAAAACCAACUGGAAAGUUUAGACUUUCGUGAAGUGCCAGAUGUGAAAGGAACUGAGAAAACUGACAAUAUCUUUAAAUUUAAGAUGCAAGACAUUGAACAAAUUGAGAGGGGUGUUCAUUGCACAAAAGGAAUCGACAUGUACAUAACGAAGGACCGAGUGAUACUCCUCGACUGCCAAGCAUUGUGGUCACCCUCACUCAUUGAAGAAUCUAACACAGCAGUAACAGCUAGAAGUGCUAACGUAGUGACAGUGGACUGUCUUCAAAUAGCAUCUUAUUUGAUGGCUAUAUGCCAUGUACUUAUUGCUGUUCAGGAUUGGUUCACAGAUUAUAACUUCUUAAGGUACAUCCAAGCGGCUGAAAUGCUAAAACCGUCUCUGUCGGCUUCUAAUACAGCUCAGAGUAAUCAGGAAGGUUCGGAGUCGACAGGAGGCGGGGAGAGUCACCCUCACUUAUUGCUGUUACAUAAUCGUUGCCAGCUUGAAGAUUAUACUCCGGAGUCUUUGCGCAUCAUGCAAGAUCUAUAUAGAAAAGCAUUCCUAAAGUCCAAUCUGCAGUUGAACUCUGGGAUUUACAUGUACAGCGACACAAACAAGAACAAUUUGAACGUCGACAGCGUGUGCAAAGGUUACAGCGUGCAAACGUGCGGGACGCCCAUUAAUUUGUUCCUACUUCCGGAAAUAUACGCUGACUUUGAUAACCCGGAAAUAUACCGUGGACAUCCCCCAUUCGAGCAACUGGCGAAUCGACUUCGAUGGAUGAUCCUCGGCGUCAAUAGGCAUCAAAUCACUAAUGUACCCAAUCUUUCAGAGAAGGGAUGGUUCCACUACUGCAGCAAAGCUUGGGAGACGAUUCGGAAGUGCACUUUCUUCAUGGAAUAUGAAAGGUUCUUACCGUGAAUACUAAUUGUCGUAAGCGUGUAUUAUUUUGAUACCACCUGACCCGAUAUCGCGCAGGUGUAGCGCAGCUGUUGUGAUAAGGCAUUAAAAAACCGAUUGAUCAUUUUACAAAUAUUUUAAUUCUGAACAGCUGAAGAAAAUAAUUUAAUGUACAGUUUGUAAUUUUAGUCAUAAGACCCAAUAAACGGAUGUAGUCAAAAGUGCGUUUUCAUUGUCAUUGAUAUACACUAUCUAUAAGCGGCUUGCGUCGUUGCUCGGGUGGUUUAUACGCAUGUUGGUAAACGCUCGCUAGUCGCCAGUGUUCA